AUGGCCAGUCUGCUCUCAGCGCAUUGCGUUGCGUCCCUGAGGAAACCUGGAAACCUUAUUCAUUUAAGAACUGCUGCUUUGGGCAUCGACAAGCGAAACUACAGCAGCAAGAAUGGGUGUUCCGGCGAGUAUUUGCACCAAAGUGUUGUACCAUCGAUGCACUACCAGAAGAGUUUACCCAGGCUACCCAUACCAAAACUGGAAGAUACCAUCAGGAGGUACUUAGCUGCCCAGAGGCCUCUGUUGGAUGAUGAACAGUUUAGAACAACAGAGAAAAUUGCACAGGAUUUCCAGAAGGGUGUGGGGACACAGCUGCAUGAGGAACUGAUAACGCAGGACAAAAACAAUAAGCACACAAGCUACAUCUCAGGGCCAUGGUUUGACAUGUAUCUUUCUGCACGCGACUCUGUGGUGCUGAACUACAAUCCCUUCAUGUCCUUCAAUCCUGAUCCUAAGACGGGAUACAAUGACCAGCUGGUGCGAGCAACCAACAUAGUGUGUUCAGCUGUGCGUUUCAUGAAAACACUGCGAGCUGGACUACUGGAGCCUGAGGUUUUCCACCUCAACCCGGCAAAGAGUGACACAGACAGCUUCAAAAAUUUCAUCCGCUGGGUUCCAUCUUCACUGUCUUGGUAUGGAGCUUACAUGGUGAAUGCUUACCCCCUGGACAUGUCCCAGUACUUUCGCCUCUUCAACUCAACUCGGAUUCCCAAGCGUGGCCGAGAUGAACUCUUCACUGAUGAGAAAGGACGGCAUCUCUUGGUUAUGAGGAAAGGCAACAUGUAUGUGUUUGACAUUAUGGACAGGGAUGGGAAUUUGGUAAAGCCUGCAGAGAUCCAGUCCCACUUGAAGUACAUUUUGUCCGAUCCGACACCAGCGCCUGCCUUUCCCCUCGGGGUCCUGACCAGUGAGAACAGGGACGUGUGGGCCGGCCUGAGGGACAAGCUGAUAGCCGCUGGAAACGCAGAGGAUUUACGGAUAGUUGACAGCGCCCUUUUCUGUCUCUGUCUGGAUGAUGAAAGCAUGAGGGACCAUAUUCACAUCUCUCAUAACAUGCUGCACGGCGAUGGCUGCAACCGGUGGUAUGACAAAUCCUUCAGCAUCAUUCUGACAAAAGAUGGACAGGGGGCAAUUAAUUUUGAACACUCCUGGGGUGACGGCGUAGCUGUGCUUCGCUUUCAGAAUGAGAUCUUCAAAGACACAACAGAGCAGCCGCUGGUUCACCCAGGAUCUGCUGCUGCAGCUGUGGAUUCAGCCUCUGCUGUGCGCAGGCUGCAGUUCAAGCUGGACCGCGAGCUGGAGAGUGGCAUUAAAAAGGCCAAACAGAACUUUGAUUCAGCUGUCUCCAAGCUCACCAUUGAUGCCAUGGAGUUCAGGAAAGGUGGGAAAGAACUGUUAAAGAAGAACAAGUUGAGUCCAGAUGCUAUUGCCCAGCUGGCUUUUCAGAUGGGCUUCCUGAGACAGUAUGGACAGACGGCAGCCACAUAUGAGUCUUGUAGCACUGCGGCAUUCAAGCAUGGCCGCACAGAAACCAUUCGGCCAGCCACCAUACACACAAAAAGAUGUUCACAUGCCUUCGUUUGCCAGCCAGACAAACACAGCGUGGAGCAACUAAAGGCCAUGCUCAAUGAAUGUUCAAAGUACCAUGGUCAGCUCACCAAGGAAGCGGCUAUGGGCCAAGGUUUUGACCGUCACCUGUUUGCUCUGCGAUACCUGGCCGCUUCCAAGGGUCAGGCUCUGGACAGCCUGUACACAGACCCAGCAUACGCUGCCAUCAACCACAACAUCCUCUCUACCAGUACCCUCACAAGUCCAGCGGUGAGCCUUGGUGGAUUUGCCCCGGUGGUGCCUGAUGGGUUCGGCGUUGGCUAUGGUGUCCAUGACGACUGGAUCGGCUGCAAUGUCUCCAGCUACCCAGCUCGCAACGUCCAUGAAUUCCUGCAGUGUGUUCACAAGUCUUUAGAAGACAUUUUCACUGUCCUGGAAGGAAAGUCAAUCAGCUAAUAAACAAGUGUGUUUGAUCUCACCAAAGAAAAGGAAAAAAAAAUAAUAAUAAAAAUUCUACUGAACAGUGAAGGUGAGUGUGAUCAUCACUCUCACCUCCCAAAGUGGUGAUUAACUUCUAUGGGCAAACGUGCAGAAAAUGAUAUGAAUAGUAUAUUUCACCUCAAAAUAAAACCUGUAAUUAAGUUUUGAAAUAUUUAUAGAAUUAAGUGUUUAGGAAUGUGGGUUUGGACUUAAAAUAUAUUGUCUGGACCAGUUGGAUAUUACUGUAGGCAUAAAACAAGUGAUCUUGUCAGUGAGACUUUGGAUACAUGUCACAGCAUUUAUUGUAAAAUGAAAACUACACUUAACAUCAGAUUCUGGAGAAAAUGGUUGGCUUUCAAGUUAAAGUGAUUCAGUGCAGUGGUGUUCCAAGAGACCAAUCUUUAAGUUUGUCACUUAAUUUUAAAGCCAUGUCGAGUCUAACAGAAGUGUGCUGUAGCUAAUGGUAAGUGUUAGCCCCGUUUAUUGUAGGGUUAUGCAAUAGUGACAGCCAAGAUUCAGUUAUGCAGGCAGCCUUUUCUGACAUAAACUUUUCUGCAAUACAGAUUAGAAUAUGAAGCCAGAUUCUGUGCCUUAUCAUAAUGGUAGUUUCAUACAGCAUUUGUUUGUCAUUGUAAUAACCUAAUAAUUCAUUUGCAGGCUUGUUCGUGUGGUUGAAUGUAUUUCAAAUAAACUUAAUUUAAUUUGCA